GGCUGCUCCGUAGUCUGGACUGUACCUAGGCGGCGCCGCACUCUGCGGGCCUCCCGGGGGAUGGGCCACCAGGAGUCUCCGCUGACCCGGGCUGCGGCGGGAGGUGCCGCUUACAUAAAAAGGUUACGUAAAGGGCUCAGCUGGUGCGAGCACGAGGAGAGCCCCAGGAAUCUGGAAGGGGGAGCGUCCCCAGCGAACGCCGCACGCCGGGCGUACACCGCCGCCUCGCGCCCGACUCGACCUCGGAGGCCAGCCGGGCCCGGAACGGACCUUCCCCCAGCGCACGGUCCGGGGGGAAACAGGGCUGUCCGGAAGUGGAACAGCGCGGGCCAGGUCCCCAUCCAAGGUACUGCUCCUCGGCGUCCCGGGGCCAGACGGAGGGAUGAGGCAGGGGGGGGCCGGGCGGCACCGUUGCUGCUCCCCCUGUCGCCCGCAGUCAUGGAAACGGGGAAGGAGGACGGCUCCCGUAGAGGUACACAAAGCCCGGAGCGGAAAAGGCGAAGCCCAGUACCGAGGGUGCCCAGCGUAGAACUGAGGCCAGCGGCCCAGGCCAUGGAUGCGGUGGCAGCUGAGGCCCCGGGUGAGGCCUUCCUGGCCCGGCGGCGGCCGGAGGGCGGCGGCGGGGCUUCGCGGCCGCGCUACAGCCUAUUGGCCGAGAUCGGGCGCGGCAGCUACGGCGUGGUUUACGAGGCCGUGGCCGGGCGCAGCGGGGCCCGGGUGGCGGUCAAGAAGAUCCGCUGCGAUGCUCCGGAGAACGUGGAGUUGGCGCUGGCAGAAUUCUGGGCCCUGACCAGCCUCAAGAGGCGCCACCAAAACAUUGUGCAGUUUGAGGAGUGCGUCCUGCAGCGCAACGGUCUAGCACAGCGCAUGAGUCAUGGCAACAAGAGCUCACAGUUGUACCUGCGCUUGGUGGAAACCUCGCUCAAAGGAGAAAGAAUCCUGGGCUAUGCUGAGGAGCCCUGCUAUCUCUGGUUUGUCAUGGAGUUCUGUGAAGGUGGAGACCUCAAUCAGUAUGUCCUGUCCCGGAGACCAGAUCCAGCCACCAACAAAAGCUUCAUGCUACAGCUCACAAGCGCCAUUGCCUUCCUGCACAAAAACCACAUCGUGCACAGGGACCUAAAGCCAGACAACAUUCUCAUCACAGAGAGGUCUGGCACUCCCAUCCUCAAGGUGGCAGACUUUGGACUGAGCAAGGUCUGUGCUGGGCUGGCACCUCGAGGCAAAGAGGGCAAUCAAGACAACAAAAAUGUGAAUGUGAAUAAAUACUGGCUGUCCUCAGCCUGUGGCUCAGACUUCUACAUGGCUCCUGAAGUCUGGGAAGGACACUAUACAGCCAAGGCAGACAUCUUUGCCCUGGGCAUUAUCAUUUGGGCAAUGAUAGAAAGGAUCACUUUCAUUGACUCUGAGACCAAGAAGGAGCUCCUGGGGACCUACAUUAAACAAGGGACUGAGAUCGUCCCUGUUGGUGAGGCGCUGCUAGAAAACCCAAAGAUGGAGUUGCACAUCCCCCAGAAACGUAGGACUUCCAUGUCUGAGGGGAUCAAGCAGCUCUUGAAAGAUAUGUUAGCUGCUAACCCGCAGGACCGGCCUGAUGCCUUUGAACUUGAAACCAGAAUGGACCAGGUCACAUGUGCUGCUUAAACUUCAGGGCUGAACGUCUUGCGUGUUUUUAAACUAGGUCAACUCUUUUGGACCCACAAUCUCAUCAUGUCUCCAACAGGACCGCAGAGGGUGGUGGCUUGGCUAGUGACGAUCUCCCAACAGCUGGACCUCCCACAAUGUGAAGCUUUGCUUGGGUUCCCCCUCCUUUUAGUUGUGCUUUCUCUCCCCCUACACCAUCCCACUUUCUGCUGUCUUUUUCCCUUUUAAUUUAAACCAUCAAGACUUCAGAAGAGCAGCAGGCUGUGCUAUGGAAAGGCACUAUUUCUUUAAAAACAUUGAAUGUGAACAAAGCAUACGCUUAACUUUCACUGUUAUUUCUUAAGGAGCUAGGAAGCAAUUUUGGUUUUGUCUUUCAUUUUCCCUCUGUUCUUUGUUAUACAUCUCAAUUCUGCUUUAGCAUUUCACUUCUCAAAGAAACCCUGUCUCCCCAGAGAAAUUUCGAUGUUUCUCCUGGAAUGAGAUAUGAAGACAUAAGGAAGCGGCCUCUGAGCUACCUCCCUCCAAGAUAUGGGAGGCUGCUGGAUUCCAUGGUGUGCUGGUCCUGGCCAACCUUCAGGCCUCAGAAUCAGAGGUGAAGAAUCACCUGGAAGAGGAAGGCCAAGGUUGCGACAGGAGGACUCCAGAAAGGAGGCCUAAACCAUGGCUUUGGUUCCCUCUUCUGCCCUUUACAACUGGGGUUCUGUGGUCAGCCACAGUGGGUGAUCCUCCCCCUCACUUGGUGAUAAGGAGCCACCCUGCCCCAGCUGCACAAGCCUACCUUCUGUUAGGACUGUUGUGCCAAACCUCUGCCCAGACACACUGGGAGCUCCUGAUCACUGUCAACUGCUAUGAGGCCAGCAUGCCUCACCCUCUGUCUCCCAGAUCGUCUUCCCAGGUGUGCUGCAAGUGUCAACUUAACCUAGGCCCUAAGAUCUGGUUGUGACCAUUGCAGGGUACCCUCAGCUGGCUGCUGUCUCUGACUGUCGGGUGUCUGUGAUGUUCUAGUUUGUGAUGCAUACUUUCCAGCACCAACUCCCUCAAUCCCAGGGACAUAACAAUAGCUGUCCACCUUCAGUAGGAAUUAUAGGAAGAGAAAGAACCUGUCAUGAAGAAGGAGGUGUGAGUUGGCUGAGACACCCUGUGUGGCUCUUAGGGGUCACAUAUGGGGACCAGUCACCCUAGAAUGUCCCCAGCUUAGAUCCUUGUGCUCAGCUGCCUGUGUCUGCAUUCCUGUGCUUACUCCCUUAGCAGUGUUCCUGCAGCCUCCUGAGGAAAAGCAUCCUCCCUCUGGCUGCUGCUUGGAGGCCACCAUUCUUUCUCUGUCACAUUGCCCUUUAUCUGGAUGCACCUAUGGCUGCUCCAGAACUUUUCCAGACUUUUCACCUCAUUCUUGCCACAUAGGAUGGGGUCUCUGGGCGAGGGGAAAGGAGUUGUUUGCCUUUGUUUUUGUUUUUGUUCUUCCUUCACCCCCAUAGGUUAAUGGAGAGAUAGUUGGGCAUUUUAAUUAGUAUGUGACCAAGGGGAGGCUUCCUUCCAAGCACUGGUAAGUUGGCCAUGGAGUGUGGAAGAGACCAGCACAACCUCAGCUCUGUCUACUCUUCCAGCCUUCCCUUAGGUCCCUUAGCACCAAAGUUUCUUCCUCUAAUGGGCUGGCUGGAUGGCCAAAUGCUGUUCCUCGGGACUGCAGCCCUUCCCUUCUUGAGUUGAAAUUCCCUGUGAUUGUAUGUCUGUCUUCUUGCCUGUUAGCCUACUCUGAGUGACAGCUAGGAGGAUGGGGACAGCAGAAUCCUCAGCUGUAAAGCAUGUUUCUUCUCUAUCCAAUCACUGUGUCUUCCCCUGGGGGCUGUUGUCUCUGUACAUGAGCAAAUGGGAAAAGUUGUCCCUGAGCUCAGCACCCCAUUUUUCCCUGGCUGCUCCAGAAUCCCUGGUAAGGGUUCAGGUCUAGCAAGUAUACUGCCCCUAACCUGCCUGUCAUUUUCUUUGUUUCCUUUGUCUCAGCUUUAGCUAAUAAGGCUUUUACUAUACUUCUUCCCCUUGGUACAUUUUUUGUGUGUGUGUGUGUGGUGGUGGUUGUCAGAAUCUCUCUGUAGGUCACAGGUAUGCAGCCUUGUUUAGGGUAUCCCUGCCUGUCUUCCAUGACUCCCAGCUGGCCUGGCUUGAUGGUAGCAACUUCUUUCCUGGCUCAAAUGAGGGCCAGCUUUUUAGCUCCAAGUGCCUAUCCCUGUCUCUUCCUUCCUUCUCUCUCCCCUGCUGUCUGCUUGUCACCUGCAGGCACCCCACCAGCCAUGUGGAAGCUGGCCCUGCAUCCCUGCUGGCUCUGCCACUGUCAGUGGUUCAUUCUCUAGCAUCCCCUACAGUCUCUUCAGAGCCCCCACCCGCCCUGUUUGUUCCUCUCAAAGAUCAACAUACUCCUCUGUUGCUUCCUUCUUCCUGCACCUCAGAUCUUCCAGCAGCUCUGUGGGGCAUCAUCUCAGGCACCUCCAGGUUUGCUUGACCUGUUCACAUUCUAGGAAUGUGUAGAUCUUAACAACAGCAAUCACUUCUACUCUUGAGUGAAGAUUGCCUGUUGGGGGGCCAUAGUGGCCAUGGCUCUUUUGGGUCCACUUAGUUCCCUAUCAGUGAGAGGAAUCAGCAAGACAGAUUGUAGUGCCUUAUUCCAUUGCCCUCCCCAGCCAGACCUACUGGCUCACUUGGAAGCAUGUGGCUGUCUCUUCCCCUCUGUCCAUUUGUCACUUACAUUCAUACUCCCCUAUCUUCAGAGAGCCACAGGGGCAGGAAGACUCUCAGCCCUUACCCUUAUCCUGUGAACUGUAGUCAGGCACAUCUUCCUGCCUCUUCACAGCAACUGGAGCCCAGAAGAGUUGCUGCUUACAUAUGUACACUGCCUUGUGUCCCCAGCAGGUCCCUUCUUGCUCUUACCUCUAGCUAGGAGGAUGCCAUCUGUUCCUCCCAGACUGGCUCCAUCCAACCCCCUUGUGGUCCCAGGAGACUAAAGUUCAAGCUUUAGCCUGACCUCCCCCCAGGGGUUCUGGGGUAGGGCAUGGGAACUCUUUCCUCCCACCUUGAGAGUUUUGCCCUUGACUGCCUUUCUGAGGGAGUAUACUAAAUGUUUACUUAUGAAAUACCCUGUUUACAGCUGGAGGAGAAACCUACCCACACUAGGUAGAGAUUUGACUCUGGAUAGGGCCUGACCUCCUUUUUGGUGGCCCCAGAAUGAAGCAGAGAAGCCUGGAGCUGGCAGAGGCCCUUCACUCCCUCUGCUCCCUGACCCUGUGGUGCUAAGACCACUCCCCACCUUCUUCACUGCCUUCUUGCCCCAACAUUCCCUACCUCCAUCAUUCCCUUCCUCCAAGAUUCUGGGCUCCUUCACAUAUCAUUUGUCUCCAAUCUAAAGAAACCAGUGUUUGGAGCAAUAAGAUUAUUUUUGCUUGAAUCUUUUUCUAAGAAAAGUAAGAGUUGACAUUGUGGGAAUCUGUGCUGUUGUUUAUUGUUUUAGAAGACAACUUAGAAGGAUGAAUGAUGUCUGGGUUUUAACUUUAGGAUAUCUUUUGGAAACUCCGAAGAGCAAAGUGGCUGCUACCCUCUAAGGAGGGACCCUAACCUGCCCUUGCCUUGUUCUGUGCCUCCCCUCCCAGUUCUGCUUACCAAGAGCUUCUCCCACCUUCCAUUCCUGAUCAUUUGUCCUUCCUCCCACAUCGAGGGGCUCUUACUCUAGGUGCAUCUCUUGGUUAUCCCACUCCUUGCCUAGUUUCCCUUCCCUGGACGUGUCCUGGGGGCAUUGGAGGCAUGUCCUUCUCAGAAAUGGCCUAGCUUGGUUAUUCAGCUCUCCAGGCUGCAGAGUGGAGGCUGAAGCCCCAGAAGCAUUGCCACUGCUGUCCCCCCAUCCUGAGCUGUCACAUAGCCUGCAGGUCAACACAGGCCUAGCUUUGAAGGCAGGGGUCCUUGUCUGGAAGCAUGCUCUGGAAGUAGGUACCACAUGAUAGGUUAGUAUCCAUGCAAUCACUGAGGGACAAAUCCACUACCACUGAUUACCUAGGGGCCCCUAGGAUUGCAGAAAGUAACUGAAAAAGCCCAAGCCUCUACUUUUUUUUUCUUCUUCUAGACAAGACCACAGGAAGAAGGGAGUUUAGGGAUGACUUAAAUCUUUUGUCCCAGGGCUACUUGCCAUCAAAACAGGGGACGAUAAUUUUCGUUACUUUUAACACUCAUGUGGGCCAGACUUGGUUUUGAGGGAGGUUUUAAGCCAGGCACAGGGUUAGUUUCAAAUAGUAGUUAAUCUAUUUUUCUUUAUUUUCUUUUUUGCACAGAAGCUGGUAAUAUAGGACCUAUGUGUGAACAACUUUAUAUGAAUAUUUUUUGUACUUGGUUUACUUGGGUUGGUAUGAUACAUUAUAUUUAAGUUUUGAACACUGUGGAUCCCUCUAAUGUGUAUGAGUGACUGAGGCUUUGUAAAUUAAGGGACGUUUGUGUGAAUAAAGUUAUUUGAUGGGGUCAAAGAAGCCAUAUGUGAUUUGAAAA